AUGCGCAACAUUUUCUUGUUAGUCGCUGCCGUCGGCUUCUGCGCCCUGACCGCUUGUGCAAUCGAUUGUGAUGCCGAGACACGAUGCAAUGAUGAUGAAACUUGCUGCAAACUUGACGAUGAAUCAUGGGGAUGCUGCCCGAUGAAAAACGCAGUAUGCUGCGAUGAUCAUACUCAUUGUUGUCCGCAUGGAUCUCAAUGCGACACAGAGGAAGCGAGAUGUAUUGGAGCGGAUUACAAUGAUAUUCCGAUGCAAAUGAAAAGAAAGGCGACGCGGAAAAUUGAAAGAAAUGAGUUUAAUGAGAUUAUUUGUCCGGACAAAGGAAGCAAGUGUCCAGAUGGAUCGACAUGCUGCCUUCUCGAACAAGGAUCCUUCGGAUGCUGUCCGGUUCCCGAUGCUGUCUGUUGUCCAGAUAUGCUUCAUUGCUGUCCGAAUGGAUUCACGUGCCAUGGACAAUUCUGCUCACAAAAUUACGCUAGAAUUCCGCACUUGACCAAAUUCAAGUCGACAUCGAUCCGCCGUAAGCCAGCAAUUGAGUUCAUUGAAGAUGUCUCGGAUGAGAGUGAGGAAGACAGUGAUGAAACAAUGAACGACUUCGCACCAAUUCUUUGUGGCGCUGGAAAGACGUGUCCAGCGAAGACGACGUGCUGCAAGAACACGCUUCCAGAUGGAAAAAUCCGACAUAUGUGUUGCCCAUUGAGCAAUGCGGUUUGCUGUGACAACACGUGUUGUCCACACGGCUAUCAUUGUGUCGACAACGGCAAGUGCGAGAAGAGAGCGCACCCGAACGCCGAUUUCCUCGACAGCUUCUACUAG